AUGGUUCUGUAUGGAAAUCGAGUAGAGAAGAAAGUAGAUUCAUGUCUAUUUUGCAGUGAUUUAGAGCUUCCAAUUUUCCAAACUCAGGUUAACCUUUUUGUAGUGCCAUUGGGAUCAUAUGAUGUGAUAUUAAGUAUCAGUUGGCUAACUAAACAUAAAGUUGUAGUAAACUGUGAGGAUAAAGUUGUUAGCUGCUUAGAUGAUGCUGUAAAUUUGGUUGAAAUUCAUGGGUCUCAAAAGCCUCUUGAAUUGAGACACAUCUCAGCUACGCAACUCAAGAAAGCUCAAAGGAAGGGAUGUACCAUUGUUGUUGUCAUGGUAAGUGAGUUGGAUAAUGCCAAGAAGAGCCCUAAGGAUUAUCUAGUUCUUAGAGAAUUCUUGGAUGUUUUUCUAGAAGAUCUUACUGAGUUACCACCAAAAAGGGAAUUUGACUUCUCUAUAGAACUCUUACCUAGAACCGAACCACAAUCCAAAGCUCCUUACAAAAUGACCACCAUAGAAUUGUAUGAGCUUAAGGCUCAAUUGCAGGAGUUGCUUAGGGAAGGCCAUUUUUCCUGUAAUGAAGUUCCUAAAGGUGGGCAUGGAUCUAUUUCUUUGAAGCUACCAUUGCUGCACAGGAUGUCACCCUCUUCUCCUCUUUAUGACAAUUCAUUAGACCCCCUAAGACAGUUUGAAGAUGCAAUGAAAAGAAGUGAGGAUAGGGCUGCAUCCAUAUUCUCUAUAGAUGACAUCUUCCUCCACAGAACAAGAAAUGACAAUGGCCAAGAUGGCAACUAUUUUAGUCCUCUUAAGGCCUCCACAGAGGGGGACUAUGUUACCACACUCUCCUUUGGCACUCCUCCACAGACCUUCAGCAGAGUCUUUGCAGACACAGGAAGCACUCUCAUCUGGCUCAAAUGUUCAACUAACCAGAGUAUCACAGUUCCAGAGUCUUCUCAUGCACCCCAGCACUUCUUCAGAUCAAGCAAAUCAGAGACCUUCCAAAACCUCACCUGUGGCAACCCCAUAUGCCAGCAAGUGCAGCAAGACACUGGCAAUCAGAGCUGCCACAAUGCUGCAGCAUCUUCAUCCUGCACAUUUCAGUAUCUCUAUGAGGACAUGUCAGGUGCUAUGGGCAUCAUGGCCUCAGAUGUUCUGAACCUUCCAAAGAAAGUUCAGAACAUCCAAAAGAAAAAAAAGAGUGCCAAUGAAGUGGCAUUUGGCUGUGCCUUGGAAACUCAAGGCAUUGAAGGCAAUGGGGGCGUAGGUCUAGACAGAGGACCCUAUUCUCUAGUGUCCCAGCUAGGCCCCUUGAUUGGCUAUAGGUUUUCCUACUGCCUAGUCCCCACCACCUCAAAUGCCUCAAGCUCCAUACUCUUUGGCAUCUCUGCAAACAUCUAUGGCAAUAGAGUGAUGCACACACCACUCCUAUCACCCAACAAAACAAGAAGAAAUGCAUAUUACAUAGAUGUUCAAAGAAUUAGCUUGGGAGGAAGAGGGGUUCCCAUACCUUCUGAAUCUUUUCAGGUCAGAGAUGGUUUUGGAGGGACGGUCCUAGACACUGGUACUACUUUCUUGCUUUUUGCUACACCGGUCUACAGGGCAAUUAUGGUUGCCAUUGUUCUCACAGUGCCAUACCCUCAGGUUUUCUUCCCCAGCAUCCUGCAAAAUGUACCUUGUUAUGACAUUUCUAGCUCCCAUGGUGCUGAGCCUGAGCUUCCUAAUAUGGAAUUUUAUCUCCGAGGGGGUGCCAAGCUUGACAUUCCAUGGCAGAAUUUGUUCUUUUUCAUUGAAGAGAAUGUGGUUUGUAUGGCUGUGCAAGAGUCCCCUCCUGGGAUUACAGAUUUGAACAUAAUUGGGAAUCAAGCUCAGCAGAAUUUUCACUUUUCUUUUGAUUUGGAGAGGAGCAGACUCCGGUUUACCAGAAAAAAUUGCACCGAGGUUCAGUAAAGGGCUGAAUAAUGAAGUGGAUGGUAUCAUUUACAGUUAAAAAAGAUAGUAUCAUUUACAGUCAAAAAAUUUCUGUUAAUGAGUAGAUUAUACAAGAGA